UCCACGAUCCGGGACGUCAUCAUCAAAUACCCUCGAACCUCCGCCUCUGAGUGCCAUCCAUCACACAUCACAUCCACAACCAUGGCGUUCCUCUUACGGCGGCCCUUCGCCAUUCCAGCGACCAUCAAGCAGUCCGUAACACGGACUUCACAGCUCUCAGUGCGCGCCUUCCACAAUACGCCACUGAAGCAGCAUCCGCACUUCUUCAAGUCGAAAGCACCCACUCUCACCACCGCCACAAAUGUCUCCAAGUUCCAGUCGACCUUCCGCCGCUCGUACCAGCAGGCUGCAUACAACAACCCUCUCGCGCAGGGCGAUGCGCGACAACGUCUCCUCUAUGGUGCUGGUAUCUUCGGCGCGACCCUGCUAGGCAUCAACCUGAUCUUCAACCGCGAGACACGAGAGGAUGGCGGCAUGCCGCCCUUCGAGCGCGCCUACCUCAACGACACAUUCAUGCACACUGGUCUCGGCGUCGGUAUGAUCGGUGUCGCUGCGCGCGCUAUGCACAUGAACGGCUGGUCUUUCAGGCUCAUGGCUGCUAACCCAUGGCUGGUCAUGGGUGUCGGUCUUGUUGCUAGCAUUGGAACCAUGUACGGCACUAUGGCUACCAACCCUCAGAACUACCUGCAAAAGUACGCCCUGUGGUCCGCCUUCAACGUCACUCAGGCCGCCCUCCUCGCACCCCUCUUCUUCAUGCACCCCGCCAUCCUCGCACGCGCCGGUCUCUACACUGCUGGUCUGAUGGGCUCGCUCGCUUUCGUCGGCGCCACCGCAAAGACAGACAAGUACAUGUACCUCGGUGGACCCCUCCUCGCUGGUGUCGCCAUUGUCGCUCUGUCCGGUCUCGCACCCAUGGUCAUCCCCGCUACCGCUGCACGCACACUGAUGUGGACUGAGAACAUCUGGCUCUAUGGUGGUCUUGCUGUCUUCGGUGGCUUCACCCUGUACGAUGUCCAGAAGGUGCUGCACCAUGCCCGCAUGGCUGAGCAGGGCUUGAUGGCCAAGGACCCAGUCAACGAGUCUAUCCACCUUGAGUUGGACUUCAUCAACAUCUUCGUCAGGAUGGUCCAGAUCUUGGCCAUGAGCCAGAACAGGAGGAAGUAAGCGGUUUGCUGUAGUCGCCAGAACCCGGUCCGGAAGAUUGUAGGAUACAUCGACAUCAUUUCAGGCUGCUCAUGAUGCAUCCGUAAGUGCACACACUUUAGUCAAUAGUUUCAGCGGCUUGUAGUUACAAGCGCAGAAUGUACAAUACUCAAAUUCAUUCAAAUUUACAACGUAGUGAUACGCACUUCGUCGCCACAAUUCAC